AUGGAGAAGUGCCCCAUCGAAAUUUGCCACCAAAUUUUCAGGGCGGCUUGCGUUGACGGUGGCAAGACUGGCAUUGCCUUAUCCCAGGUUUCUCGCUAUGUUAACCAAAUGUCCCGGGAAGUCAAGUACCACUCCGUCACCGUCAUCGGCCUCGACCAGAUCAUGAUGUUCGCAAAGGUCUUGAAGGACCUGCCGCCAAAAUAUAGGGUUGUUCGCCACCUAUUCCUCUCUAGCAUGCCCCAAAAGACCAGUCCUGACGACGACAUUACCCCGACUUUGAAUCAAGAAAUUGGGCAAGUUGGAGCGGAGAAGCACUACGAGGGUGUCUGUGACGCUUUCAGUCUCAUCUUGGAACUGUCAGCGCCCACUCUUUUCUCAUUUUACCUGGUAUCCCGUAUUCCCCGAACCGUCAACAUGCUCCCAGUUUCGCUGCCCAUGUUGAUGGAGCUCACUAUCCAUGGUCCAUUCCCUGCAGUGUCAAAAGCUGAGCUACGGGAGCACACGUACCCUUCUCUCCAGCGCCUUACCUUCGUGGGUUUCAGUGACCACCCGCUGGACUUGUUCGAGGACAUCGCCUUCCAAGCUCCAAAUCUCACCCAUCUUUCCUUCUUCCCUUCCCAGCCGUCUCGCCAUCUUCACGAGGAUUUGUGUAGCGCCCUGAACAUCCCCACCAUGAGUGACAAGCAUGCGGUUCAGGAAGUCCCUGCAGUGGGCACACUGCCUGCGAGCAUUGUUCGGGUCGAAGUCCAGCCAGGUCCGAGGCCGCAGGACAAGAAGGGAAGUCGCCGAAGGAGCGUCUUGAUGGAUAAGGUGCAGGAGGUAAUGCGGGCGCGAGUAUUGUUCAUGCAGAGACGUGAUAAGAGGGUGAAGUAUAUUGAGCCUGGGCCUGUCCCAUCUUACUGUGACGCGAAACUUUUGUGGCUGCAGGAACGCGCCAACUGGGGUGAUGAUUCUUAG